GCCAUGUUUUGCGGCCUCAGGCCGCGCCGGGCCGGGGAUGGCGGCGGCCGGUAGCAACUGGCUCUCCGGGGUGAACGUGGUGCUGGUGAUGGCCUACGGCAGCCUGGUCUUUGUGCUGCUCUUUAUCUUCGUGAAACGCCAGAUCAUGCGCUUCGCCAUGAAGUCCCGGCGCGGCCCCCACGUGCCGGUGGGGCAACACGCGCCCAAGGAUUUAAAGGAAGAAAUAGACAUCCGACUGUCACGGGUGCAGGACAUCAAGUACGAGCCUCGGCUCCUGGCUGAGGAUGAUGGCAGGCUCCUGCAGCUGGAGACACAAGGCUGCUAUAAUUACCUGUACAGAAUGAAGGCGCUGGAUGCAAUCAGAACAUCUGAGAUCCCGUUUCAUGCAGAGGGCCGGUACCCCAAGUCCUUAAUAGGGAAGAACUUCUGUGCCUACCUGCUGGAACUGCGGAACUCCAGCACCUCCUUCAAAGGCAUCCGCAAAGCCUUGAUUGACACCUUGCUGGAUGGGUACGAGAGCGCCCGCUACGGCACUGGGGUCUUUGGGAAACCAGAAUAUCUCAAGUACCAGGAUGCUCUGAAUGAGCUGGCAAACAUGACCAAGGCCCGGGCAGGCAGCAGCCAGCGGCAGCACCAGUCAGCAGCAAAGGACCUUACCCUCUCUCCUGAAGUCUCCAACCCUCCCACCAUCCAGGUCACCUAUCUGCCUUCCAACCAGAAGAGCAAACGUGCCAAACACUUCCUGGAGCUGAAGAGCUUCAAGGACAACUACAACACACUGGAGAGCACCCUGUGAGCCAAGGCAGAGCUGAUUGCACUCCGGGGCCCUGCCACAAGCAGAGCCUCUUGUGAGGUGCAGGCGGGUCCUGAGCAGGUUUUGGCUGCAGUUUGAUGUGCAGGGAGCAUGGGGAGGAAGCGGCUGUGCUCUUGGGUCUCCCUCUUGCACCGUGUUGGAGGCAGUCACUCAGUGGAGGCUCUGGUGCAGCUCAGCCCUCACCCGGAGCCGGUGUCAAAGCAGCCCCUGAUCCUGGAAGGGAUUGGCCCGUGCAGCCCUCUCUGCAGGCGUGGGACAUGGGCUUGAGGCUUUGAGUCCAGCAACGGCUUGGAGCCCUGGCCCUGUGAAUAAACUGAUUAGCUUUAGCUUGUUUCUAAGAGACAUCAGGCCCAGCCAGAGCUCUGCUCCACCUCUCCUCCUCCUCCUCAUGACUGGAGGGGGCUGCUCCUGUCUGUCCAUCCUGGCUGUGGGUCUCAGGCUCUGGAGCUGCUCCUCUGCUCUUUCCAAAGGGUGAAUGCUCUUUUUCCUGUGGCCCCAUCACUGCUGUCAGCCGGGUGUGCCCGGGCUGUGCACCAGGGCUCCUGGACAGAGUGUAAAUAGCUUGGUGGCCAGUUCUCAGCCCCUGUGGCUGUGUUUUCUACUGUUUUCUCCUGCAACUGGGCAUCUGGGGACAUGUUGAGCAGACAAAUACCAGCUUCCAACGUCCUGCCUGUCCUGCCAAGAAGGGUUUCCUCCCAUUCUCACCAGCGCCUCGUGUGCCAGCGGCUGCCGAGCCCUGGGGGGGUGAAAGCUCGCGGCCCCCACCUCGAUGUCUGCAUCCUGCCAGGCCGCCAGCAGCCCCCACUGCUCCCCAGUCCAGUCAUCACAGCGUGGGGGGAACCCUGCCCCUCGCUGGGCCUCUGCACUCUUUUUAAUGGCUGUUUAAUAAAAUGACAGUUAACCCUGA